CGUAGUUUUAGAAGUGAGUACUGGAUUCGUGCGAGUUCCGAGAAGUGCUCAAGUGCUGUGCUUGAUUGACAUCUUGAUUCUUGAUGAAUUACAAUUUCCUACCGAUGGCUCUGGAGGAUCGCUCUAGUCCUAACACGGCUGUCAGUCCAAACAAUACUAAUGGCAGCCACAUCAUGAACUCCCCCAAUUCUCCUGAAUCUACCAGGACCUCAUCUUACACUUGCAUGACGAUCAACCACAAGGAAAGCUCAAGAACUUUCGUUUCCUCACCUUCCACUUCGCCAAGACACUACGCUCCUGCAAAAGUUGAUCAAGAGCGUUCCUUCUUCAGAAUAACCUCUUUCGCCCUGCCUAGUCCGAAAAGUGAGUACGAAAGACAGAGUCCUGCCAGUUUUCGGUCACCGUCACCAUCAGAAAGCGUUUCUUCAAGGUCAUCAUUGCAGAAUGAACCGACCAUCCAAACCCUCAAGUACUCCAUCAACAAUAUUUUGAAACCAGAGUUCGGGAAGACAGCCGUGUUGAAAACUCGGUCUAUCCCGAAAAUAGCUUUUAAACCAUACGAACAAUGUGAAAAAAGCAGGCAAUCAAAACCGAUCGGUAUUGCUCCAUUGGGAAGUCUCAGUCAAACAGUUUCCCAGAUUGGAAGUUUGGUGAAGAGGAUACCGGAACCUGCUCCGGUAAGUCCAUCAACAGCCCCAGCGAAAACAUUGCCAAACCCAGAAGAAAUAAAGAAAGAUGAAGAUGGAAAUGUUCCACAACUCUGGCCUGCAUGGGUUUACUGUACUAGAUAUUCGGACCGUCCCAGUUCAGGUCCAAGAUCGCGGAGGAUGAAGAAGGUGGCAGGCAGCAGUAGCAGCAAGAGCAGCGCUGAGGACAAGCGUCCUAGGACAGCUUUCUCGAGUGCGCAGCUGCAGCGGCUCAAGCACGAGUUCAACGAGAAUCGAUACCUGACCGAAAGAAGACGACAGGCUCUGAGCGCGGAGCUGGGCUUGAACGAGGCCCAAAUCAAGAUUUGGUUCCAGAAUAAGAGGGCCAAGAUCAAGAAGUCGUCUGGCCAGAAAAAUGCUCUGGCCAUACAGCUGAUGGCUCAAGGCUUGUACAAUCAUUCUACUGUACCUUGUGAUGAAGAUGAUAUGCCCUUAUCUUCUUAAAUUGCUUAACAUCUUCGAUGAAUAGAUAUAAUACUGAUAGCAUUUGCCAAAAAUUUUCGUAUCCAAUCUAAUGAGUUGGGUUUUCACAUAUAGGUAAUUUAAUCUUUGUAUGCGAUCUCAUCGUCAAUAAUUAUUUCUUUUUUGUAAAAAGUUUUUUUUCUGUAU